UCCAGCAACUUGUUGAUGUUUUAACUUGUAAAUAUAUUUUAAAAAGGGUGUAAAACUAUGUAAGUUCUUGAAUGCUUUGUUAAAAAUACCUAAACCAGUGUAAAUUAUCUAGUUGAGGAUACAUCAGGAGGGGAUUGGAAGUGUCCAUGGCAUAACCAUAUUGAAAAUGGAAAAUGAACUAAAUCUUUGAGACCAGCUCCAUGAGAAUCUUUUUUUUUUUUUUUUUUUUUUUGGAUGACCCACUCAUGUUUAAGCAAAGAAAACAGUUGUUUGACUGUUCUGCAAGUACAAAUGGUGAAAGCAGUUAUUUUUUUGGUGCCACAGUUCAAGUAGCAUGAGAAUGCUGUCACUGCGGCCUUGGGUGAAUUCCACAGGACGAUUAGCACAUAGAAGUGCUGCAGGACAAUGGGUCCAUCGAAACAUCCCAGGACGAUGGGUACAUCAAAUUACCACAGUUUUACCAUCAACAGAGGUUCCAGGACCUAAGUGUUAUCCUCUUAUUGGCUCUCUCAUGGACUUGAUCACUAGUAAAGGUUUUGACAAAGAAAAUUCGUAUCGUUAUUUCAUGAAACUCUUUCAAAUAUAUGGCCCAGUUGUGAAGGUAAAAUUUCCAGGUCAGUCUACAAUGGUGCUGAUCCUGAAACCUGAAGAUGCUGAGAAAAUUCUACAACUAACGAAGGAUAAUCCAGUGAGAAAAUCAAUGGAGGCCCUCAAGAAGGCCAGAUACAUUAAUCCUUAUUAUGAAAAGAAAGCAGGUAUUGUAGUUGAAAAUGGUGAGGAAUGGUGGCGAGUGAGAAGCAAAGUUCAAGCACCAGUUUUAAAACCACAGAAUGUCCUCACCUACCUUAAAGAUAUGGAUCAGGUGACACUAGACUUUCUAGACCGAAUUUCCCGACUGAGAAACAGUGAAGGGCAAAUAACUGUAAAUUUCCAAGAAGAAUUGAGCAAAUGGGCCUUAGAGAGUAUCUGUCUUGUUGCCUUGAAUCAGCGAGUUCAGUGUUUUGAUCCCAGUUUGCCUUCUGGUUCACAGCCAGAACUGAUCGUUAAGGCAGCUCAGACCCUCAUGAAUGCUGUUAAGGAAUGCGAAACUGGUUUGAAACUAUGGAAGAUUUUUCCUACAAAAACAUUUACACAGCUCAAAGAUUCGAUGGAGAUAUUAACAAAAACCUGUGAAGCUGUUGUUCACAAGAUGGAAAAAGAAAUGCAAGAGAAAGAAGCUAACAAUUCCGACUAUCAGCCAAAUAUGGUUGAGCAACUCAUACUGGAACCUGGUCUCUCCCACAAAGACGUCAUUACCUUUAUGGUGGAUCUUAUUCCUGGUGGCACAGAGACAACAUCUGAUAAUGCUGCCGUGCUUCUCUACCUUAUAGCCAAGAAUCCGAGGGUGCAGGCCAAACUGCAAGAAGAAUUGGACUGUGUAUUAGGAGAUGGUUCAGGUAACAUCACUCCAAAGCAACUUGCACAGCUUGCCUACACUAGAGCUGUCUUGAAAGAAUCCAAUAGGUGUAGUAUAACAUUAAUUUUAUUAAAAAAAAAUAAAAAAUGAACAUCAGAGUUCAUAGCUU